UUGGUCAAAAAUAAAUAGGGAAACAUUGAAAGCAUUUUGCCAUGACCUUUUAUAACUACUAUAGUUAUUAUGAUCUUAUAAAGCACGAGAAAUAUUAUAAACAUCUUGUCUUUCGUGUGAUUACCUGCGGCAAUAACGGCUAAUAAAGUUGAGGCAAGUGGACGAAUUUGUGUUUUACAAGAGCAAGAAAAAGAGAAGGAGAGAAAGAGAGAGAGAGAGAGAGAGAGAGAGAGAGAGGAAGAGAGAGAGGAAGAGAGAAUAUUUCGUUUAUAUUUUUCCGAAGUCAUCAUUUAUCAUUGUCGUGUCGUGAAGAGAAGAAUUGUCGUGAAGAGGAGAAUAGAUUAUAACGAUUUAGAUCACGAUUUGACGAUUAAUACAACAUCGUAACCUCAAUAGCAAAAGUCGCAAAGAAAAAGUUGGGUAAAAAAAUCAACGUUCUCGAAUUUUAUUAAAGUUUAAGUAGGAUCUUUAAACAAAUAUUCAUGAUGCAUUUUGCUCGAUUAAUGCGAAUUUUAACACAAAUAUUUUAUUGUUUAUAUUCGUUUGUUACUAGUAUGACUAAUAUUAAAGCUAGUACUGCUUUUAUUCUAUUUUUAUCAGUCUUUCUGGUAUUAUUACCAAUUAAUGCAAUACAUACUGAAUCCGAUACAAAAAGACAAAUUCAAAACACUGAAUCGGAAAAUGAUACAAAAUAUUCCGUGCAGUCUACAACAUUUAAAAAUAAUCCAAUCUCGGAAGAAAACGAUAUAUUUAUAAUAAUUGCUUUGAUAAUCUGUACAUUUCUUCUCUCAAUUUGUGUCAAUUGGUUUAAUAGGUUCAACCAGAAUUUUGAAAGGUUUAAUUUGGCCCAUUUUCCGCAAAAUAAUAAUCAAAAUAACAGAUGGAUUCAUAUGAAUGGUCGAAUUCGACGACAACGUGUAGCACGUGAACGUAUACUGAACGAAUAAUGUUAAUGAUAUCUCCAAUAUUUGCGUUAGAAAAAUAUGAAUUCGAAAAGAUCAUCGAUAUUUUAUACACAUGAUCCGCUAUGUGUUGAUAAGGUCUCUUAAGUCUAUUAUAAAACUGGAUUUCUAAUCAAGUCAUCUAAACUACGCAUAGCUGUCAUGCAUAAUUAAUUUUUAAUAUAAGGUAUUUUAAUAAAUGUGUAAUGACGAAUGAAAAAAUUAUUGAUAAUAUAAAUAAUUCUCACAUCAGUUUUUAUAUGAAAUUUAAGAUAUAAAUAUAAAUUUAAAAAAUUUUAUCACGUUGACACAACAAAUUUGUACUUAUGACUUGUUUAUAAAGAAAUAUUAGCAUAUGUG